AGGAGAGCUUAGAGAAAUGGAAGAAGAAAAGGGUCCAGUUUGUGUAACAGGCGGAGCUGGUUUCAUCGGCUCAUGGCUGGUUAUGAAGCUUCUGCAACAUGGUUACACUGUUCGAGCAACAGUUAGACCUGAUCCAGAACGGAAAAGAGACAUCAGCUACCUCACAAGCCUACCAGGAGCAUCAGAGAAGCUUCACAUCUUCUAUGCAGAUCUCGACCAACCUGGAAGUUUUAACGCAGCAAUUGAAGGAUGCACUGGGGUCUUCCAUGUAGCUCAUCCUAAUCCUCUGAAAGAACAAGAUGAAAAAAUAGUUACGAAGAAAUCAGUAGAAGGCACCCUAGGCAUAUUGAGAGCCUGCCUGAAUUCCAAGACUGUGAAGAGGGUUGUAUACACUUCUAGUGCAUCGACUAUUUCUCAUAGUGGAACCAACAAGGAGAUUGUGGAUGAGAGUACAUGGUCUGAUGUCGAUUAUCAUAGGUCUCUGAAAGUAAUUGAGACUCCAUAUGUGGCUGCCAAGACCAAGACAGAGCAAGCAGCUCUAGAAUUUGCUGAAAAUAAUGGACUGGAAAUUGUCACUUUGAUCCCUCCAUUAGUGAUCGGCGGAUUUCUCUGCAAAACACUCCCUAGCUCAGUACAUCUGUUCCUAUGCAUGAUUCAAGGAAAUGAGCAUCUCUAUGGAUAUCUGAAAAACAAGAGUAUUGUACACGUAGAUGAUCUGGUCAAUGCACAUAUCCUUCUUUUCGAAAAGCAUGAUGCAAAGGGGAGGUACAUUUGUUCAUUUGCUCAGGUAUCCUUAGAAGAAAUGUCUCGCUUUCUCUCUGCAAAAUACCCUGAAUAUAAUAUACCGACAGCUGAUUAUUUGAAGGGCAUUGAAGGUCAUAAAACGUGUGGGUACUCAUCGGAGAAGCUCCUGAAAUCUGGAUUCAAGUUUAAGCAUGGGCUCGAAGAUAUGUUUGAUGGAGCAGUUCGAUCAUGCAGAGAAAAGGGUUUUCUGUAGAGAAUGUUUAGUUUCUCAAGCUCGUUUGGUUAUAAGCUCCCAUAUAGUCAUAUAGAGACAUCAUCCAUGCUUACAAGUUACAAGUUAAUAAGACUAUAAGAACAUCUAUAAUCACGUUUCACAUGUUUACUUUAAAAUUUAAUUAACGAGUUGGCGGA